CGCGCUUCAGUCCCUGUACGUGUGUAACGAAAUGAAGUUGAUUUUGCAUGUGUUGGCUUUGUACGUCGCCGUUUCGUUCGCCGACGACGACGAAGUCCGGACUUUGAAAACUCAAAUCAAUUCCCUUCUCGAGGGAAAGGAGCAACAGGCCCAAUUAGCUGAACAGCUUAAAGAACUAAGGCAGGAGGUGGCCGUUUUACGAGAAAGGUGUCGAGGCGUAAGAAACGCCGGGACAAGAACUAAAUGGCUGGAAGCCUCGUUGAGCGAAGCGAGAGGCCAAGUCUCAGAGUUGGGGGCUGCGAUAGACAGAGCGGAAACUACAAUUAACACGCUUCGCACUCAGGUUGCUUCCAACACCCGAGCUAUAAGCAAGAUCGGGACGACAGCUGCUGCUAGGGAGGCAAGAAGCUACAACGAGGUGUACGAAAAUGACGUGUAUAGAAGUUCAAGCGAUGCGACGGAAAAGAAGACAAGGCACCAGAGGGUUUUGAGAAAACGUGUCGACAGCCUGGAAACUAUGGCGAGAGACCUUGCGCACAGCCAGAGGACCCUCGAUGGAAGGUUGAACGCGAUGUCGCAGAGGAUAGAACUGAUCGAAGGAGGAGGGAACAACGGCAGCAGCAUCGACAAAGUACACGCAUCCGUCCUCGAACUCCUGGAAUCCGUCGAAGCGCUCGAAACCAAAGUCGAUAACAACCUGCCAACCGUCCAAAAAGAGAUAUCACGGACCGAGAUCAGCUUGAGCGAAGUCAUCCAGCAGACGGCUAUCGUCAAAGAAGAACAAGAAAACCAAAAAAUAUCCUUGAAGGCAAUUAGCGCUGGUUUGUCGUCGAUGCAGGAUAAGUUGGCCUCAAUGUCAUCAGCGCCUGCUACAACGGAAAAUACAACAAUCCACUUGAACCACGCCAAGAUUGGAAGCAAAAGCACUACUGAAGUGGUCUCAGAGCUGAACACAGUCAUAUCGGAUUUCAAGAGGGUCGUCGAUUCUCUUCCCAGAGAUUGCAAAGGGGUCCAAGGGAGGAAAAUCGUCAUGAUCAAAGUCGGAGAAGACCCGAGAUUGGUGACUUGUGAUGACGGUUGGAUUAUUGUACAGAAACGCAAAGACGGAUCCAUACAGUUUAAUAGAGAUUGGGAGGAAUACGCCAAAGGCUUCGGAAAUCCACAAGGAGAGUUUUGGAUCGGAAACGAAGGACUUCACCAUUUGUCGAAAGACAACAACACAAGGCUGAAAGUGGACAUGAUCGAUAUAUACGGGAAACUCUGGUCGGCCGAUUAUUCGUUUUUCAAAGUCGGCGACAGGGAUUCGGGUUUCAAACUGAACGUCUCAGGAUUCAGCGGUAACGCCAGCGAUGCAAUGGACUACCAGAACGGUAUGCAGUUCAGUGCCCGUGAUUCGGACAGAGACAUCAGCAACACCCACUGCGCAGCUAACUACGAGGGUGGUUGGUGGUUUUCCCAUUGCCAGCAUGCGAAUCUGAACGGGAGGUACAACUUGGGCCUGACGUGGUUCCACGCUGCCAAAAACGAGUGGAUCGCAGUCGCCGAAUCAACUAUGAAACUCAGGCUAGACUAACUGGCCCGAUUUACCAACAAAUCUCAGAUUUGAAACAAAAAAAAACUUUUUCUAUUUAAUUUUGAAGGGUGAACGAUUUUUGAUAAUCCUCCAAGGAAUGCCAAGAACUUGAUAUUCUUGAACAAGAGGUGGAUUGUUUUGUGUGUAGCUAUUGAAGGAAUAAUGUAAAUUUGUACAAUCCUAGUUGAAAAAAAAAAUCAGUUUUUGUAAAUGCCAUCAUAGUUGAAUCUAUUGUAAUUAUGUAUUUAUAAGGUGUUUCUUUCGUGAUUAUCUCGCUGAGAUUAUGAUUCGGAACAAAUUAUGUUAUAAAAAUAAUGUGUACAAAAUUAUGAAGCAUCGCAUAUCCUUCAGUCAUAUCAUGAUUAUUUUCAAAAAAUCAAUAAUUAAUUAUAUACCUUUAAAAUUUACAUUUCAACAUUAAAUUCUACUUUAGAUUUAAAAAACUGCCUCCAAGGAGUAUGUUAUGUACCCUUCUUUACUCAUAACUUAAUUUGUUCGUUAUCACCUUAAACCAAACAAAAAAGCAACGCACAAUCUUCAGUUUUAGACUAAUUCCAUUUCUCUUUGCAUCAGAAAGAAAAAUCAUUUCAAACAAAAGAAUUUUUGGUUAUUUUUGUAUUUUUUUUACAAAUGGGAAUGUUUUGCUUCUAAUGGGAUUACAAACAUACUCAAAAUGUACACUUGUUUUCUAUUUAAAUCCAAAUGUGUUCUAGUCAGGAGUCCUCAAGUGAAAUUUCUCCUUUUAUUAUUUUGCAUUGUAAUUUAAACAAUUUGUUUUAUUUGUGGCUGUGAACAUUUAUUUCUCCUAGUAAUUAGAACUUAGUCUUGAAGUCUAGGCAUUGUAUAUUUGUAAACAAUAUAUAUUUUGUAUAAAAGGCGACUGACUGAGAAUUCUACAUAUCCUUUUGUAGAUUGUGUUCAUUUUAUCGUAUCAUUGUAUUAUUCAAUUCAAGUCAUAUAUGUAUUUUUUAUUAUUAUUGUUUGUCUGAUUUUUUAUUUUUUUUUUAUUUUUUUUUUAAUAUUGCACAUUUUGUAGGUUUUUAUUAUUUAUUCUAAUAGAUAGAUGUAUAAAUUGCACCA